ACCGCCUCAAGUUACAUAAUUUUGUGUACAGUUGAAAGAAAUUUAUAAUUUAACUACAAACUUUUGUAAUAAAUCUUUCAUCAUGACCGAAAUUCAGCAAUUUUACACUGACCAAAGUAUAUUUAUCACAGGUGGUACGGGAUUUGUGGGGAAAAUUCUUAUUGAAAAACUGCUUCGUUCGUGUCCAAGGAUAAAAACUGUUUAUAUUUUAGUGAGAGAAAAAAAAGGAAAGCAAUUUCGAGAUCGUCUCAAAGAAAUUACUAAUUCACAGGUAAAAAAAGUUUAUCCAGCUCCACUCUCGCAUGAAAAAUUAACAGAACUUGUCGGUACCAUGGACGAAUUAAAUAUGUCCAGAAAAGAAGAACUCAAAUUCACCAAAUUAGUUCUCGGCAAGUUCCCAAACACAUAUUGCUUCACAAAAUCAAUUGCCGAAGAAGUUGUCAGUAAAAGUGCAAAAGAACUUCCAGUUUCCAUUUACAGAUUUUCAAUUGCUGUAGCUGCACUAAAAGAACCUUUAGAAGGAUGGCUGGAUGUAAGCCAAGGAAUAACACAGGCUUUAAUAGGAAUUUGUUCAGGUCUUAUCCGAGUGAUGUAUGUAAAAGGAAGUGCUAAUAUGGAAAUAGUACCAAUUGAUUUGGUUUGUAAUUGUCUAAUUGCUUCUGCAUGGGAUUCAUCAUCUUGUAAAAAAAACGAAGAAAAGAGUGUGCAAGUAUAUAACUACGUUUCGGGAAGAGACAACCCAACGACUUGGAAUUAUAUGCGGAGUUAUCUUUAUUCUCAACGUUAUAUACAUCCAUUGAACAAUCCAUACUACUAUCCAGAUUCAAUUAUGACUGAUUCCCUUUACUUAUUUCUUAUUCUGCACUACAUACUGCACUUCAUUCCUGCCAUUUUAGGAGAUGCAGUUUUAAGAAUAAUAGGAAGAAAACCUUUGUUACAAAAAAUUUUUAAAAAAGGAUCAAAAUUGGUAUUGGCUAUAGGAUUUUAUUCAUGCGGAGAAUGGGUAUUUGAUACUGACAAUGUUAAAUCGUUGUGGAAAAAACUCUCUGAGAAUGAUAAGAAACUAUUUAAUUUUGACAUCACAUCAUUUACUUGGGAUAUAAUGAUACGAAUUUAUGGUGAAGGUGGUAGGAAGUUUAUAUUAAAAACCGAAUUUGAUGAAGAAGGAUUGAAAAACGCUAUACGUAGAAUGAGGAGACUUUACUACGUUCAUCAAAUUGUUCGGGGCACAUUCUAUGCCAUUGUUUUGUGGCUUGUUUGGAAAAUUUAUAAUAUACUAUUCCUCAGGUUGUAACUCUUUUGCGGCAUAAUAUUUUCGAAAAUGAUAUAAAAAAUAGUUUUAAAUA